CGGAUUUUUCUGUAAGUGUUUGAAGAGGAAACUGCCGCUGUGUAUGCUUUUAUUUUGACAGCAGUGAACGGAAGUGCCAGUCUCGUUGUAGCGGGCUUGACGCCGCUGUCGGUGACUGUCGGUUGUUGUUCUGAUCAAGAUGGCUGCUGUUGUCGGGGAUGGAGAGUGAGCACAGGCUGUCACCCGAACACAGGCCGAGCAAACGCAGAUAAACCCGCCGAGCUUCCGCUGGACCUGAUCCCGGACCAGAUAACCGAACCUGAUUCUUCUGUGGAGAGCUGUGAUGUGUGGUUGUCUCCGGUCAGCAGGGGGCGUAGUGACGGACCGCAGACAUGGACACCACCACCUCCAUCAAGAUGACCACUCUGGCCAUCCAGAACCUGUUCAGCUACGUGGAGGAGGAGAACCUGGCUGCUCUCAAAGCUCACCUGGACCGCUUCAAGGACGUGGACGGACGCAGCGACAACGGUCAGACUCCUCUGAUGUUGGCGGCUGAGCAGGGCAGUCUGGAGAUCGUGCAGGAGCUCAUCAGGAGAGGAGCCGACGUUAACCUGGACGACGUGGACUGCUGGUCGGCCCUGAUCUCUGCAGCUAAAGAAGGCCACGUGGAGGUGGUGAAGGAGCUGCUGGAGAACAGCGCCUACAUCGAGCACAGAGACAUGGGAGGGUGGACGGCUCUGAUGUGGGCGGCUUACAAAGGUCGUGUGGAGGUCACCGAGCUGCUGCUGGAGCACGGAGCCAACCCCAACACUACAGGACAGCAGUACAGUGUGUAUCCAAUCAUCUGGGCCGCAGGUCGAGGACACGCCGACAUCGUCAAACUGCUUCUACAGAACGGAGCCAAAGUCAACUGUUCUGACAAGUACGGGACCACCCCUCUGAUCUGGGCGUCCAGGAAAGGACACUUUGACUGUGUGAUGCACCUGCUGGAGAACGGGGCCGACGUGGACCAGGAGGGGGCGAACUCCAUGACGGCUCUGAUCGUGGCGGUGAAGGGCGGCUACACCGAGGUGGUGAAGGAGCUGCUGAAGAGGAACCCCAACGUCAACAUGACCGACAAAGAUGGCAACACGGCCCUGAUGAUCGCCGCCAAGGAGGGCUACACCGAGAUCGUGCAGGACCUGCUGGACGCCGGGACGUACGUCAACAUCCCCGACCGGAGCGGCGACACAGUGCUGAUUGGAGCAGUGAGGGGGGGGCACGUGGAGAUCGUCAGAGCUCUGCUGCAUAAAUACGCUGACAUCGACAUCAGAGGACAGGAGAAUAAGACGGCUUUGUACUGGGCUGUGGAGAAAGGAAACGCCACCAUGGUGAGAGACAUCCUGCAGUGUAACCCCGACACCGAGACCUGCACCAAGGACGGAGAGACUCCUCUGAUCAAAGCCACCAAGAUGAGGAACAUUGAGAUCGUGGAGCUGCUGCUUGAUAAAGGAGCCAAGGUGUCAGCUGUUGACAAGAAAGGAGACACUCCCCUUCACAUCGCCAUCCGUGGGCGAAGCCGCCGCCUGGCCGAGCUCCUCCUCAGAAACCCCAAAGAUGGCCGCCUGCUGUACCGGCCCAACAAGGCGGGGGAGACGCCGUACAACAUCGACUGCAGCCACCAGAAGAGCAUCCUCACGCAGAUCUUUGGAGCUCGACACCUGUCCCCCACAGAGACGGAUGGAGACAUGCUGGGUUAUGACCUGUACAGCUCUGCUCUGGCCGACAUCCUGAGUGAACCCACCAUGCAGCCCCCGAUCUGUGUGGGUCUGUACGCUCAGUGGGGCAGCGGGAAGUCCUUCCUGCUCAAGAAGCUGGAGGAUGAGAUGAAGACGUUUGCCGGGCAGCAGAUCGAGCCGUUGUUCCAGUUCUCCUGGCUCGUCGUCUUCCUGUCUCUGCUGCUCUGUGGCUCCGUCGCCGUCGUCCUCGGCUUCACUGUCGACGCCAAACUGGCCAUGGCGGUGUCCCUCAGCCUGCUGGCUCUGCUUUACCUGUUCUUCGUGGUGGUGUACUUCGGCGGGCGGCGGGAGGGCGAGAGCUGGAACUGGGCGUGGCUGCUCAGCACGCGUCUGGCCCGUCACAUCGGCUACCUGGAGCUGCUGCUGAAGCUGAUGUUCGUCAACCCGCCGGAGCUGCCGGAGCAGAGCACCAGAGCUCUGCCCGUCAGGUUUCUGUUCACCGACUACAACCGUCUGUCCAGCGUCGGAGGAGAGACGUCCAUGGCCGAGAUGAUCGCCACGCUGUCCGACGCCUGCGAGAGAGAGUUCGGCUUCCUCGCCACACGUCUGUUCAGAGUGUUCAAGACCGAAGAGACACAAGGUAAGAGGAAGUGGAAGAAGACGUGCUGCGUGCCGUCCUUCAUCAUCUUCGUCUUGGUGCUCGCCUGCCUGGUGACCGGCAUGGCGCUGCUGGCCGUCUUUAAGGUGGACGGGGAGAACCGCACAGUGAACGCCGUGCUGAUCGCCAUCAGCAGCGUGGUGGGCCUGGCUCUGCUGCUGAACUGCCGCACGUGGUGGCAGGUGACCGACUCCGUGCUGAACUCUCAGAGGAAGAGGCUGCACAGCGCCGCCAACAGGAUGCACAAACUGAAGAGCGAGGGCUUCAUGAAGGUCCUGAAGAAUGAGGUGGAGCUGAUGGCGAGGAUGGCGAAGACCAUCGACGGCUUCACGCAGCAUCAGACGAGGCUGGCAGUCGUCAUUGACGGACUGGACUCCUGCGAACAGGACAAAGUUCUGCAGAUGCUUGACACGGUGCGGGUCUUAUUCUCCAAAGGGCCGUUCAUCUCCAUCUUCGCCAGCGACCCGCACAUCAUCAUCAAGGCCAUCAACCAGAACCUGAACAGCGUCCUGCGAGACUCCAACAUCAACGGACAUGACUACAUGAGGAACAUCGUCCACCUGCCCGUCUUCCUCAACAGCAGAGGCCUCUCCAGCGCCAGGAAGAUGUGCACCGCCGCCGCCCCGGCCAACGGAGACGCCACCAACGCUGAUGGUUGGCACGAGGAGUUGGACAGGAAACUGUCUCAGCACAGUUUGGGAGAAUUGACCAAGUUUGGCAGCAAGACGACGCUCGCUCGCAGGGACACGUACCGGCGGCGUCAGGUGCAGCGCUCGGUCACUCGUCAGAUGUCGUUCGACCUGACGAAGCUGAUGGUGACGGAGGAUUGGUUCAGUGACAUCAGCCCUCAGACCAUGAGGAGGCUGCUCAACAUCGUCUCUGUCACAGGUCGUUUGCUGCGAGCCAAUCAGAUCAGCUUUAACUGGGACCGUCUGGCGUCGUGGAUCAACCUGACGGAGCAGUGGCCCUACAGGACGUCUUGGCUCAUCCUGUACCUAGAAGAAACCGACGGAGUCCCCGACCAGGCCACGCUCAAGACCAUCUAUGAGAGAGUGUCCAAGAACAUCCCCACCACCAAAGACGUGGAGCCUCUGCUGGAGAUCGACGGAGACGUUCGCAGCUUCGAGGUCUUCCUGUCUUCACGGACGCCCGUCCUCACGGCCAGAGACAUCCGCACCUUCCUGCCCUGCACCGUCAACCUGGACCCCAAGCUCCGAGAGAUCAUAGCAGAUGUUCGUGCGGCCCGGGAGCAGAUGAAUAUGGGUGGGGUCACGUACCCGCCCCUCCCCCUGCCGGAGGCUCAGCCCCGCCCCUCCUCGGUCUACAGCCAGGUGUCGUCGGCGUGCUCGCCCUCCGCCUCCUUCAGCGGACCCUUCACCCAGCCACCGGGGGGCGUCGUCUCCCCGCAGCCUCACAGCAGCUACUACAGUGGCAUGGCUGGACCACAGCACCCCUUCUACAACAGGCCAUAUUUCCCCCAUCACCUUUACCAGCUGCCACGCCCACUUGUGGGCUCCUCCUACCCAUCACACCUUCAUCCACGCCCGCCACCUAAAACCUCAUACAGCAGGGACGCCAGCGCCGCACCUUAUAAAGUUUCAUCUUUGAAAAGGAAGCAGGGUUCAGCCUCUGUCGUGUCGGGAACUCCGGCCAUCCUCCUCAGCUCCAUGACAACGGAGUCCGUUUGUGAGCGCGUGCGGCAGAUCGAAGGCAUCGACCAGAGCAUGAUGGGACAGUACGCCGCCACCAUCAGAAAGGCCAACGUCAACGGCAGAGUUCUGACUCAGUGCAACAUCGAUGAGCUGAAGAAGGAGAUGAGCAUGAACUUUGGAGACUGGCAGCUCUUCAGAGCCACGGUGUUGGACAUGCGUCACAUUGAGAGUCAGGUUCUGCACGAGGAAGCGGCCAGUGAGCAAGGCAGCGUCGUCGGUGGUCAUUCUGAAGUGGGAAGAAGAGCUGCGGCUCCGCCUCACGCCGGCGCCGCCAACACGGACGCUUCGCCAAUGUACAGCUUCAACCUGAGCUUUGAGGAGCUGAGCACUGUGGGUCUGGACGAACCAACGCGACACGGAAACAUGCAGUGGAUGGGCGGAGCUCAUCGAACCGCCAGCAUGACCAGCCUCAACUCUCAGGAGUCGUCCAACGACAUCGCCAAGCUGACAGACAAGCAGCAGGCCGAGUACCGCAACGCCUACCAGGAGUACAUCGCCCAGAUGGCCCAGCUGGAGAUGGGCGGCGGCGGCGGAGAGAAGCCCGUCCAACCGCUGCCGGGACAGUUUAUGACGUCAUCGUCCGAGGACAAGAGCAAGGACGGCACUGAGCAGGAUGGACGCAAACCCUACAGCAAGAGGAGCGGCAGCAAGCCGGCAGCAGACAACACUGACUUCCCCUCCAACGGUGACGCCCUGGACCCCAUCACAGAGGAGGACGAGAAGGGCGACCAUGGAUCCUCCAAGUCCCUGUUGACACGCAAAACCUCGGCAGAAAGAGGCGGGCUGUUCCAGGGCGCCGCAGACCUGAAGCUGAAGGCCGGCGGGGGGCUGCGCUACCAGAAGCUGACCAGCGACGAUGAAGAGUCUGAGGAGUCCGAUAAUGCCCCCCUGCUGAAAGACGGCAAGAAAGUGGGCGACCCCAAACUGCCCAGUGGUUCGCUAGCACUGAAAGGGAAGGACUACCUGUCGGACGCCAUGCUGGACAAGAAGGACUCGUCCGACUCCGGUGUACGUUCCAACGAGAGCUCGCCCAACCACUCGCUGCAGGACGAGGAGGCAGACCUGUCACAGCUCGAGAGGGCCAACCUGAUCGAGCUGGACGAGGAGAGCCUGGCCAGGAAGCGAGGCCUUCCCAGCAGCCUCAGCGGCCUCCAGGACCCGGUCGUCGCCCGCAUGUCCAUCUGCUCGGAGGACCAGUGCAGCCUGCUGGCCAGCAGCCCAGAGGAAAGCUGGCCCUCGUCCAAGAGCUACAACUUGAACCGCACGCCGAGCAACGUGACGCUCAACAACAACACCAACGCCCAACAGGGCAACCGCCCCCGCCAGCCCGCAGAGGGCUCCACCUCCUCCUCCAACCCCACCUCCUCGUCCUCCACCGGCGACGUCAUCAUGUCCCCCAGCACCGGGACCACCGGCACCUCUGGGACCACCACCGCCACCAGGCCAGGGCCGAACAACGAGAACGUCCGAGUGGUUCACCUGAAGAGGGGCCUGAAGCCCGGUGACCCGCCAGAGAUCUGCGCUGUGUCCUCAGACACCGUCACCUUCGGCGAGGAACGCGAGAGCAUCCUGUGACCUCACAAAUAAAGAGAGGGUCCGCCGGGAGCCGCCUCCACCUUCUGAACCAAUCAGAAGCUUCUACUGAGAUGUGAGGGCUGCUGGUGGACUGGUAGUUUAGUGCGUGGUGCAUGUUCACAGGUGUAGUAGUGACCUAGACACUUGAUUCUGACUAGAAGCAGCUGCAUGUUGUUGUUGUAAUGUGAUCUCUGUCUCCAGGAAUCGACCUGCAGAUGUUAAACACAAUAUUAAUGUCACAUAUGGAAAACAUUUAGACGCUUUAGACGAGUGACUUUAGUGUCCCCUGCAGAUAUUCAGUGUUCAUUGUUACUGUGCAUAAAAAAAAUCCUUCACUGAACCUGAGUGUGUGAGUCCCAGCAUCAGACAGGAAGCAGAGCCGACCCCACGUCGUAUUCAUUUCCUGCAUCUAUUUAUUAAACACUACGGGGGGGGGUCUCUGAACAGCUUCAUGAUCAGAGUGAGGAAAGGAGCUUCACUGCUUCCUCUCUCAUCUCCACUGGAGCUUCCUUUACCAAAGGAAAGGAGACAUGCCGUCCCACAAUCCCUUGCUGCAGCAACAUUUAAAACCACAGCAGAGCCACAUAAAUGUAGAAACAUCAGAGCAGCUGUUUCUGUCUGAUGGACUGAAGCUCAGAUCCAUAAAUAUAGAUUCAUUCUCUUUCAGUCAGUCAGGAGUCGUGAUGAAGAACGGGCUGAUGAAUCUGUAGUUACAUCAUCAUCAUCAUAAGUGCAUGCUAUAGUCUAUACAUUAAUGUUUCACUGAAUCCUCCCAUUGUGGAAAGACCUAAACAUGAACUUUCUCUAGUUAACAAUUAUAUAGAAACAUCAGGAAACUAUAAACUUCUGUCUGAAUAUAAUUUAUUCUCAGUGCAUUAUUUCUAUUUAAUUAUUAUUUUAAUGACUCAACUUUCUCAGUUUGUCUUUUUCUUUCAUGUUUUUUUACAUUUCAUCCUGUUUGUUUCUGUGGUUGAAGGAUUGAUCCUCCAGGUGUUAGAAAUAAAAUUAGUUAAAAUAAAAGAUCUUAGUGUAGUAACAGUCAGAUUCUUUCUCAUGACGUUUUCCAUGGAGGUCAGAGGUCAGAUCUGCUGCUGUGGAUUCACACGCUGAAAACCUCGUCCACCCCUGCCACAUUCACUUCUCUGUGAUUCAGGUUAUUGACUGCAGAUAAAAGCUGUUGUAGUGUCAGUAUUAAGUCGUUCAGUGUUGGUGGUUUUUGUGUUUGUAGUUUAGCGUUUUAUUCAAACCGACUCAAAAACUCAUCGGCAGCUCUUCUGUUCGUAAACUGAACAUUAUCGGACAUUUGAAGGCUUUUAGAUAUUGAUGAUGAUUUGAUGUGUCCCAUUGGAUUAAAUGUCAGGGAAGUCUUUGAAUUUCAGGUUUGUUUUUCACUUUCAUUAAAUCUGUGAUGGAACAAAGUUUUCUCUGCAGCUCAGAUUUUCUCCAGAAUUAAAAAGGAUAAAAAAUUAAAAAAAAUCUGCCAAAAUGUAUUUGUAGAAAUAAACAUGAAGUAUAAACAUUGGUGACGAGCUCAGUGUCAGGUCCGUGUUCUCGUGUCUGCAUGAAGCUGCACGUCGAUGAUGAUGAAGUUGUUGUAGAGUUUUACAGUGUUGUUCUGUGAUCAUGUGACUCGUGGUGUGAAGGUGAAGUUAGUGGAAUCUGUCCUGCACUAAAACAUGAAUAAAUAACGUCUGAACGUUGA